GAGAGAAGCUCCAGAAGUCUGAUUGUGACACUCCAGCAUAAAUAUGAGAGCUCCCCCCACUCACAGACCCUUCUCCUCUCCACUCUUAACUGUUAAGGAGAACAACAUCUACAAUGGCCAAAUCCAACACCAAGAAGAAUAAGGGCUCCAGAAGACAUCAAAAACCAAGGUCCAGAAAGAGAUCACAAUCCAGCACUGACUUUAGCCGAAAUUACUCACUCUACAUUCGCAGGGUCCUAAAAGAAGUGGAUCCCCAGAAGAGUAUAUCAUCUCACACCGUGGACAUCAUGAACACCAUGAUCAACAACAUUUUUGAACGCAUUUCUACGCAAGCCUACAAUCUGAUGUGUUUCAGAAAUCGCUGUACCCUCACCCAUGAAGAUAUCCAGAAGGCGAUGUAUAUGCUGUUUCCUGGAAAACGAUCUAAGUAUGCAGUGACUUUUGGAAGUGAAGCUGUACAAAGAUAUGUCCACUCCAAAAACAAUGUACCACGUUAA